AUGAUUAGUUUAAAGAAUACCUUCAUUUGUGUCCUCAUCAUAUCUGUCCUUGUAAAUGGAAAACACAAGAAACCGAAGCCAAAAAAAUUCGCGUCUCCAUCCGCUAAGGGGAUACAGUGUUACAACUGUUUGUCAUUCGACCACCCUGGCUGUUGGGAUCCCGAUCAUCCAGACUACGCUAACAUAACGGUACCUAACAUUGACUGCUACAUCCCCGGAAUGGAGUUUCUGUGUAUAGUUAUUACGUCAGAAUCAGCUAAACUAGUUGAAACUGGUCAGGAAAUUGGUCCGGUAAGAGCUCGCACUUGUGUACCCGCUAAGGACUUUUCAAAGAAAACUGUAUCCUACUCUAUGUGCAGUAAGCUAAGUAAAGAAUUGUCUGCCUCUGAAAUAUUUUCACGUAUAGGAGUAAGCAGACCACAGUGCACAUUAUGUAGAAAGCAUCUGUGCAGUGACGCCUCCCAUUGUUAA